UUUAAGUGUUUUUUGUUCUAUCGGCAUGCACAGCAUUACAGGUAGAUGAUCAGAGAUUGCAUCGGCUAGAAUAGCGCUGACAGGUUUUCGAUCGUAUAUGUUUGUCCAUAUAUGAUCGAGAAUUGCCGCGCUGUUUUCACUUAUUCUGGCCGGUUUGGUUACAGUGGGAUAAAAAGAAUAUUGGUUCAUCAACUCAGUCAAUUCGUUGACAAAACGGUGCGAGGUGUCCACCAGGUCGUAAUUAAGAUCACCCAUUAGUUUACUUUGUCUUUAUAGUGUGCAUUCAUUUAUUGAAGUUCCAGAAUGUAGCCACAAAUCCAGAAUCAGAGUGGUGUGGCGUACUGCUGUACUGUCUGACUGUGCUACUUUGCAACCCCACUGAGUUUGAUGUUCAACUUAUAUAUUAUGUAAAAUCAGAUGUUGGCCUAUUUGUCAUUAUCAUCGUCUGCUUUUAAUUUAACGAAGUGUAUAUUAAUUUAAUUCCAUGGAAUUUGACUUCAACAUAAACCUCAUCUUCUAUGAUGUGAUAUCAGUUGUUUCAGGAGACAUUGUGUUUUCUAAUCGACAUGAUAAGCUGCAGAUUCAACGUGAUUUGGAAAAUGUGAUAGAUGAAAUAGGACGGAAAUCUGCUCAAGCACAACAUCUAUCUGCGCCGAUAACGACAUGGUCAAAAUUAAGAAUAAAUCGUCAUAAGGUUUAUCUGCUAAAAGAUCCUGAUGUCAACAAUGGUAAAGGGAAAGUCGUCGGUUUUAUCAAAAUUGGAAAAAAACAACUUUUUGUUUUGUAUCGAGAUGGGAAGCACAAUGAAUUCCACCCACUAUGUGUUCUUGAUUUUUAUGUUCAUGAAUCUCAACAAAGAAAGGGACAUGGGUUAAAGUUAUUCAAAUAUAUGUUACAGACUGAGAGUGUUGAACCAUCCCAUCUUGCUAUUGAUAAACCUUCAACAAAGUUCAUAUCAUUUCUUCGCAAACAUUUCAAUUUAUGGGUCAACGUAUUCCACAGGAGAAAUUAUUCAUGUAAUGAUAGCUUGAAUGGCAUUCGUCCCAUGUCUGGAUCAACACUCAAUGGAUCUGGAGAUCGCCCAAACUUUCAAAACUCUGGUCAAGGUGCAAGAGCGAAUAUGUUCAGCAGAUUUGCAAUGGAUGAGAAUUCAUAUGUUCCAUCUCCUCCUCAGAACAGAAGAAGAAGUCUAAGAUCACAACAGAAUGAUGAAAUCAUUACCAAUCCAUAUAGACGGAUUACGAAUACUGCUUCCAGGAAUCGGGAAUUGAUAAAUGAAGAACCAAUGAAAUCAAAAGAACAUGUUACUGAAACCUCACCAUUUCAAGAGUUGCAAAAUGGCACAAAAUCAGAAAUCAAAAACCAGAUCUCAGUAGAACCUGACAAGCAGCAGGAGAUAUCACAAGUUUGCAACAAGGAUGAAAAAACUCAAAGCAACAUAACCUCAAUGAGGAAAGAUUUGUUUCAAGCAAAAUCAGGCUACAAUUCUUUGAGGAAUCCUCUGUAUAGCAAGCCUUCUGAUAUGAUUCUUGAACUGAAACGCAAGGAUAAACAAGAUUCACAAAAUAACUCAAACAGAGCGGUGCAAGAUCAACGAUCGUCAUUGUUCGGAAGUUCUUGGAAUGUUUUCGGUGUUCCUACACCGCUUAGACAGAAAUGGAAUAACCAGCACCAGUAGCCCUCAACCCAAUCUUUUAAUGCCUGAAAUUUUUUCCAAUGCAGCAAAGUAACAGAAUUGUGACUGAAAGGGUCCUAAUAUUAUUCUUUUGGAAAUCUUUACUUCAAGCAAUAAACUAGCUUACUCUUAAUUUUCGUAGAGUCACACCAGAUGGUACUUUAUCACUUUUUCUUCAAAUGGACAUUUUUUUUUAUUUUCAUUACCUCCCGAAAAUGCUGUGAAUUUUCAGGUGAUCCCAAGUUUAACAAGUAAACCUAAAUUUGUAUACAACUGUCAGGUACUGUGGCAUCAUUUACUGUGAACUUUCUAGUAAAAAUAUUUAUAUCGUACUUGAAAUGAUUCUCAUUUUACUUUUCACCAUAGAAACUUAGCUUAGUUAUUAUUACUUUAAGGCGACUAGUGACUUUUGCAAACUUUUUUAUGAAAGAAAUGUUAAUAUAUAAUGCAAUAAUACACGUUUAUAUUUUGUUGAA